UCGACCAGAACUCCAAAAGGCCAAUAUGACAGGGUUUGGCUCUCCCUGCGGUGCCUGCAAGUUUUUGAGGAGAAAGUGUGUGAGGGGUUGUGUCUUUGCUCCGUACUUCUGCCAUGAGCAAGGAGCUGCACAUUUCGCCGCCAUUCAUAAAGUUUUCGGUGCUAGCAACGUCUCGAAGAUCCUCAUGCACCUACCGGUCGCCGACCGUUGUGAGGCUGCAGUCACGAUCUCUUACGAAGCUCAAGCCAGGCUCCAAGAUCCUGUCUAUGGCUGUGUUUCUCAUAUUUUUGCUCUCCAACAACAGGUCGUGAAUUUGCAAGCACAACUGACCUCACUCAAGGCUCAAGCAGCGAUGCAAGACUUUGGCAGCAGCGCAAGCAGCCCUCAAGAAGAGAGCUUCCACAAUAAUUUCCCACCUUAUCAACAGGAUGGGCACGGCUUCGUUCAGACACAAAAUUCAAACGCAAUUUCAAACCCCUCCAUCAAUGGUCAUGAAAACAUGGUGUACAGCGAGAACGUCCUUUUCGGGUCAAACUUUAUCGGGUCUUCUCAGAACAGCCUGAGCGACGAGCAUUUCUCCUUCAGCACUGACGACAGCUCUUCUUGCAAGAUGAGACCAGUUAUGUAUGACGACAUGGAGGACCUUCAAUCUGUAGCCUUCGCAUAUCUUCAGCAUUCCUAGCGGUGAACCAACUCAUCGACAAUUUUGUUACGUAGCACCCUUAGUGAAUGAAUCCACACCAUGAGUAGUGGUGGAAACCUUCAUGAGGUAAUGUCAAGGGGUGCUGGUGUACGAACAGUAUGAUCAUAUUAUUAUAUGGCGAA